AUGCCGAAAUCAAAACGUGAAGUGGAAGUGUCUUUAACCCGAGUAAAAAAAAAGACGAAAGAGCAGAAAAUAAAGUUAGUUGAUGAAAUACGAAAAUGUGUCGAUACAUUCGAGAAUUUAUUUGUUUUUGGAAUUGAGAAUAUGCGUUCAGUGAAGUUCGUUGAAAUUCGGCAAAAAUAUAAAAAUAACUCACGUUUCUUUUAUGGUAAAAAUAAUGUUAUGGCGAUAGCGCUGGGCAAAACUCCAUCCACAGAAUAUGCCCAUGAAUUGAAUAAGGUCAGUGGCUUGCUGAAAGGAGAAUGUGGUUUGAUGUUUACAAACGAAAAUCGAAAAGCAAUAGAAAAAUAUUUCAAUGAGUUGUAUAUAUCGGAUUUUGCUCGGUGUGGUCAAAUUGCAGUUAGUACGAUUGAAUUAAAUGAGGGACCGCUAGUGCAGUUUCCGUUUUCUCUAGAACCACAACUCAGGAAGCUUGGCUUGCCAACCAAAUUGGAGAAAGGUGUGGUGACGCUGAUAUCUCAUUACGUUAUUUGCAAGGCGGGUGAAAAAUUAACAGCCGAUCAGUGCAGGUUAUUAAAGUUUCUUGAUUACAAGAUGUCAACAUUUCAUGUAAAACUUUCUGCUCAUUGGUCUAAACACAAAGGCUUCGUCUACAUUACCUAA